AUGGAGAGAAAUUGUGAUGAAUGGACUGCUACUGCAGUAGAUACACUCUCUCCAAGUCAAUCCCUUAGAAAUGGUGAAACUCUAGCUUCAGCUGAUGGGAGCUUUGAACUGGGAUUUUUCAGCCCUACAGUAAGUUCCACAAGUCGAUUUUUAGGAAUAUGGUACAAGAAAGUAUCUAAGCGAACGGUUGUAUGGGUGGCAAAUAGAGAAACUCCAAUUUCUGAUAAUAAAGGAGUCUUACUUUUCUCCAACCAUGGAAUUCUUUCGCUUCUGAAUAGCACAAAUAGCACUGUUUGGUCAUCAAAUACAUCAAAAACUGCACAAGAACCCGUUGUUCGUCUUCUCAACUCAGGAAAUCUUGUAGUAAAAGAUGGAAAAGACAACAACCCAGCUGACAAUCUAUGGCAGAGUUUUGAUUAUCCUUGUGAGACUCUGCUUUCAGGAAUGAAAAUCGGGAAGAACUUAGUGACAGGUUUUGAGUGGUUUCUGUCAUCCUGGAAAAGUACAGAUGAUCCUGCUCCAGGCCAAUACUUUGUACGUAUAAAUAUCAGUGGAUAUCCACAACUAGUAAUUGAGAAGGGAUCUAAAAUAGCGUACAGAACAGAUCGUGGAAUGGUCUUCGCUUUAUAG